UUGGACAGGCUAUUAAAGACGGAUACUUCAGCGGUAACUCCACACUUUAGCACCGAAGAGAAACGACUCCAUUUUCCCAGCUUUAACGGACAAGUUCUGGAAAAGUGUCCGAAGUCUGUAAGGAAAAGUUUGGCCCGGACAGAACUGUGACAAACUGCAUUAAAAGUGCAUUUGAAUCCGUUAUUAUUCACAUUUUAAUUAUAUUAUCACUCCUUCAAUGUUAAUCUAUAGAUAUUGCAUUGUUUUACCGAAAAUCAAGCAUUUUAAACACUUUGAAAAUAUUGUUCAGCCGAAAACACUGAACCUCGUUUAGAAAACAAGCAAGCGCCUGACCUCUUCUUCUCUCUCUGAUGGGCCUCUGGAGCUGACGAUGGCGCAGAUCUCCCAGACUCGCGGCGCCCCCGUGGGGAAAGAGGAGGCGCUGCGCAUGGAGGAGGAGGCUCUGGCCAAAUUGCAGCGAGAGAAACGACAGACUUUCCCUUCAAACGCCUCAAAACCUGCUCCAAAACUUGCGCAAAAACCCACACGGGCCAACUCGCUUCCACAGACCACACCCCUAACCUCGCCCCUCACUGCCUCCACCCGCCCGGAGAAAGACCUGAUUGUGUUUCCGGAGGCUAAAAAACAGACGCAGGAAACGUUUAAAGACAUUGAUGUGGAUAAACUGACCAAUGAGGAGCUGGAGAAACUGCUACUGGAUGAGAACUUUGCGGCAAAUCGUCCGACAAAACCCGCUCUCCUCGGAUUCAAUCUGAGCGCCUCAUAUCCGGGUGGAAUCCACAGCAGUGGCAACACCUUCUCACCAGCCAAUCAGUGGACUCCGGUGCUCCAGACUCCACCCACCGCCAGCUCCCCGUCACCCCUUUACCCCACAGCUCCAUUUCCUAAAGCAGGCACGUUUCAAAAUGGCUUCCCUCCGUUCAUGGCGUCUCCCUUCAUCCCGUUCACACCACCUGCCGCGCUUGUGUUUCCAACCCCCGGCCCACCCAAGGUCGACCCCGAGAUGGCAAAACUGUUUGAUAAAAUCGCCAGCACAAAGGAGUAUCUAAAGAAUGGGCGAUCCGGGAGCAGUGACGCAGAUCCGGCGCCAGCUCGGACCACUUCCCUCGAGCCCAAAGCCGUGAGUACGAAUCCAGCUGAGUCAACCUCCUCCUCCAACAUGGGGAGGUUUGAUUGGCUAGACCUGGACCCGUUGACGAAGAGGAAGAGUGAGGCGGAUGAGGCGGGGCUACAGGAACAGGAAAUGGGUGCGAGCGAAGGCGAUCCUUGGGAUGCUGUGCUGAGGACAGAGGGGGAUUCUGGGAGUUGUAGUGAUAAAAAUAGCGACGGAUCUGAGGGGAGGAGCUCUGUAACGAGGAGGGUGGCAUCUGGAGCAGCAGUCACACGCAGUCACUCCUUGAACACGCACGGAACAUCGCCACAUAAGAACAACCAGGAGAAGAGUCGAGGCAAAGCUCUGGUGAAGAACGCUGCUCUAGAUGAAACUGAUGCCCAAAACCUGGAGCUGCUGUCAUUCUGUCACCAAGUCACACACCUCAGGUCUCAGUUCCUUCACUCAGACCCCGUCUCAAACCCGGGCUUUGUCCUGAGUCCAGUGAUUCCUCAGAAAAACCUUUCAGAUUCUGCCUCUGUCAAAGUCUGUAUCGAGACCGCAGAGAGGAGCCAACCAGUCACCUUCACCUGCGAUGUCUCGUCUCCAGUGGAGCUGCUCAUCUCGCAGACCUUGUGUUGGGUUCAUGAUGAUCUGGACCAGGUGGACUUCUCCAAAUACCUGCUCAAAGUCUGCGGACAGGAAGAGGUGCUCCAGAAUAAGCACAGCCUGGGCAGUCAUGUUUACAUUCAGAACUGUAGGAAAUGGGAGAGUGACAUCAGUCUGCAGCUGUUGUCUGUGGAGACGAUUAAGAGGGACCUCGCAAGAUCGGCGGAAGACGACUCUGCUCCCAUCGACCUGGACAAACACCUGACUCAGGUGGAACGACCUUUUAAGGAGAAUGUUACCAGACAGGGGCUGGCUGAUUACCUGGAGGGAUACCACAACCAGGUCGCCCUCUGUCUGCAGGACAAGAGCUCUCAGUAUAAGACAGUGGGUCGUUUAGUGCAGACAGUGAAGAACCUUCUCUGUGCACUGGACGAGGUGGAGACGACAGCUGUGACUGAAGCCGUGAAGAGACUCCAACACUGUGUCAACUUGCCAAGAACAAGAUCUCCUAAGAUGGGAUCUCCAGCACACUCCACAAAUGGUGACUCCAAUCCGGUGGAGGAGGGUGUGUCCGCUCUCACUCAGGCCGUGUACGACAUUGUCAAACUUUAUCUGCGGUCCUUUUGUAGCCCCUCCCCCUCCUGUGUCUCCUCCCACACCUGUGCCUCCUCCUGCAGUGCCCCAGAGCACCAGCAAGGGGGUGAGGAAACGGGGUCCUGUACCUCCCCUGACCACAUGGGGUCCUGUACCACUCCUGACCACACAGCGGCACUCUCCCGGGAGGCCUCAGGUGUUACAGAUCACCUUCAGUUCUCUCUCUCCAUGCUGCACGGGCUUCCUCACACUUGGGUCAGCAGUUUUGAGAAGUAUUUUGUGAUGUGUGCUUUGACCCACAAUGGCAAAAACCUGUUUAAACCGAUUCAGUCUAAACGAGUGGGAACCUACAAGAACUUCUUCUACCACGUCAGAUGGGACGAACUUAUAUUGUUCCCAAUGGCGGUGGCUGUGCUCCCCCUAGAGUCGGUCCUGAGUAUCACAUUGUUUGGGGUUUUGACUCAGACUAACUCUGGGUCUCCGGACUCAAACCGACCCAGGACUCCCCCAGAGCAGCUUGGGAGAGUCACCCUGCCUCUGUUUGACUUCAGGCGGGUGCUGGUGAGUGGCAGUAGACUCUUGGCUCUCUGGACCUCAGCUCAGGGUCCCGGGUCCAACAAAAGAGUCCCCAACGAGAGAAUCGUCCUCCAGCUGGACUUCCCCUGCUCCUCUGCUCCUGUGCUCUACAUCCCUCCAAAAGACUGUCCUCCUUUGGACCUACAGAAUCUCGAGGAGCUUGACCCAGAUCUGAGGCGAAAACUAGAGAGGAUCUGCAGCCGAGCAUCCAACUACGGAUUAAAGCGAUCGGACCUGCAGCUUCUCUGGGAUCACCGCCUCCACUGCCUGAAGCUCCGCCCCCUGUCCUUGCCCAAAGUGCUGAACAGUGCCCCCUCUUGGGACUGGGCCAGUCUCCCUCUGAUCCACAGUGUCCUGAAGAGCUGUGACCCCCUUCCCCCUGUGGCUGCGCUUGAACUGCUCGAUUCAAGGUUUGCAGACUCUGAGGUGAGGACUGUAGCUGUAUCCUGGAUCCAACAGAGCAGCGACGACGAGCUGUCAGACUACCUCCCACAACUUGUACAGGCUCUGAAGUUCGAGUGUCACCUUAAGAAUGCUUUGGUCCUGCUCCUUCUGUCCAGAGCUCUCGGCAACGUCAGCAUCGCUCACUACCUCUACUGGCUGCUGAAGGAUGCAGUUCAGGACGCAACCUGGGGGUGGCGCUACGAGCGAGUCCUGGGCGCUCUGCUGUGUCUGUGUGGGUCCAAGCUCAGAGCAGAACUGGACAAACAGAACAGACUGGUCAUUCUACUGGGAGCUGUGGCAGAGAGGGUGAAGGCUGCUACUGGAUCUAACAGACAGGUGGCACUGCAGGAGGGUCUGGAGAACGUGCAGAACCUGUUUGAGAGGAGCAGCUGCAGACUUCCUCUGAGCUCCAGUCUCGUUGCUAAAGAACUCAACAUCAAGGCGUGUUCUUUCUUUAACUCAAACGCAGUCCCUCUGAAGCUGGCUCUGGUGAACGCAGAUCCUCUGGGACAAGAGAUCAAUGUCAUGUUUAAGGUGGGAGAGGAUCUUCGUCAGGACAUGCUGGCUCUACAGAUGAUCCGAAUAAUGGACCGAAUCUGGCUCCAGGAGGGACUGGACUUGAGAAUUGUCCACUUCAAAUGUAUCUCUACGGGCAAAGACAAGGGGAUGGUGGAACUGGUGCCAAGCUCAGACACUCUGAGGAAGAUCCAGGUGGAGUAUGGGGUCACGGGUUCGUUUAAGGACAAACCUCUGGCAGAGUGGUUACGGAAAUAUAACCCUGCUGAAGACGAGUAUGACAAGGCCUCAGAGAAUUUUAUCUACUCAUGUGCGGGCUGCUGUGUGGCGACAUACAUCCUGGGCAUCUGUGAUCGCCAUAACGACAACAUCAUGCUGCGCUCCACUGGUCACAUGUUUCACAUCGACUUUGGAAAGUUCCUCGGACAUGCCCAGAUGUUUGGCAGCUUCAAGAGAGACCGUGCCCCGUUCGUGCUGACCUCAGACAUGGCGUAUGUGAUAAAUGGAGGAGAGAGGCCGACAAGCCGCUUCCAGCUAUUUGUGGAUUUGUGUUGUCAGGCCUACAACCUGCUGAGAAAGAACUCUGGGCUCUUCCUCAACCUGCUCUCUUUGAUGACGUGUUCUGGACUCCCAGAGCUUACUGGAGCUCAGGACCUAAAGUAUGUUUGUGAUGCUCUUCAGCCGAACAACAGCGAUGCAGAGGCUACUAUCUUCUUCACCAGGCUGAUUGAAUCGAGUCUGGGCAGCGUGGCCACUAAGUUUAACUUCUUCAUCCAUAACUUGGCUCAACUCCGGUUCUCUGGUCUCCCCACAAAUGAUGAGCCGAUCCUCUCCUUUUCCCCAAAGACCUACAGCCUCAAGCAGGACGGGAGGAUCCAACAUGCCGCCAUCUUCUCCUUUCAGAAGAGAUACAGCCCUGAUAAGCACUAUACCUAUGCUGUGAGGAUUCUCAGAGAAGGUCAGUCGGAGCCUCAGUUCAUUUUCAGGACCUUUGACGAGUUUCAGGAGCUGCACACAAAGCUGUCGGUUCUAUUCCCACUCUGGAAACUACCCAGUUUCCCCAACAAAAUGGUUUUGGGGCGCACCCACGUUAAAGAAGUUGCAGCAAAACGAAAACUGGAGCUCAACAAUUACGUCCACAACCUGCUGAGGAGCUCCACCGAGGUCACACAGUGUGACCUGGUCUACACGUUCUUCCAUCCCAUGGCCCGAGACGACAAGACCGAAGGCGAGUCUGCUCUCAAGAUGACAGGUCCUCCUCCAAGCCCUGUCUCUGGUCGAGUGGAGGGGGAAGUGAAGUUAUCCAUCUCCUACAGAAACAGCACCCUCUUCAUCAUGGUCAUGCACAUCAGAGAUCUGGUCUCAGAGGAGGGCUCAGACCCAAACCCCUACGUGAAAACCUACCUCCUCCCAGAUCCAACCAAGAGCAGCAAACGUAAGACCAAGAUCUGCAGGAAGACCAGGAACCCCACCUUUAAUGAAAUGUUGGUCUACAGUGGACACAGUAAGGAGAGCCUGGGUCUGAGGGAGCUCCAACUGAGCGUGCUCAGUGCAGAGUCUCUGAGGGAAAACUACUUUCUGGGUGGAAUCACGCUGCGCCUUAAAGACUUCGAUUUGAGCAAAGAGACAGUCAAGUGGUACAAGCUAACAGACGUACCACUGUUCUAACCAUAACAAAAUCAUAAUGUACCAGGAAGUACAGCAAACAAGAGAGAGGACAGCGAGAGAGGGCAUGACACGGUCAAGUGGAACAAGCUAACUGCUGUACUGCUGUUCUGAUGCUAACCACACCAACUGUACCAGCUAAACGCACCAGGAACCUCCAGAAAUAAGAGGAAAAGGGGCAAAGAGACAGUCAAGUGGAACAAGCUAACUGAUGUACCGCUAUUUAAACAUCAGAAAUUCACCAUAAUUUACCAGGAACUAAAGUAUACAAGAGAGAAGAGAGAGGGCAAAGAGACAGUCAGGUGGUACAAGCUAACAGGUGUACCACAGUUCUCACCAUAACUAUACUUAAAUGUAACAGGAACUACCCCUAUUUUAGCACCAAACCUGAACUGUAGUCCCAAGAAGUACAACAAAUAGGCAACAGCACAGAGGGAUACAGUGGUACAAGCUAACCAAUGUACUGCUCUUCUGACACAAAGUUUAAUCAGACAGUACAACAAAUCAGAGAGGAGAGAGAGGGGAAUCUGUGGUCAGGUGGUACAAAUUCAUUGAUGUGCAGCUGUUUUAGUCAUAACAUCAAAACAUGAGAUAGAGAGAUUAAACUGGAACAACAGAUACAAGAUCUUGGUGUAGAAAAAGCACUCUGAGGGGGCAGAUAAAUCUCAUUUUUGUAUCCACUCUCCUCCUGGAGAUUCAGCUCUGGUCCUACAAGCCGAGGAAAUCUGUAAACUUCAAAUUCCAAGAGGAAACAAAAGAACUGCAACAAAAAAUACAAAAAAUCUAAAGUGAAUCUCCUAAAAUUCCGUGUUCGGAAAAGCACAUUUUUAAACAAAAGCAAUAAAAGGAUGAUAGGAAACUGAGGGAAAACUUUGACUAAAACAAUCUAAACUCCCAAGCAAUAAUUCAACAAAGAAUAAACCAAAACUUUAAGGAACAUUUACAAAAAAUGAAAAGUUCAUAAGAAGUGAAAUGUAAAAGUUUGAGAUGGAGGGAAAGACAAUUAUCACACCAAAUUCUACAAAUCUAAAUCAGAGACUAAACCAGAGACUAAACCAGAGACUAAACCAGAGACUAAACCAGAGACUAAACCAGAGACUAAACCAGAGACUAAUCCAGAGACUAAUCCAGAGACUAAACCAGAGACUAAACCAGAGACUAAACCAGAGACUAAACCAGAGACUAAUCCAGAGACUAAUCCAGAGACUAAUCCAGAGACUAAUCCAGAGACUAAUCCAGAGACUAAACCAGAGACUAAACCAGAGACUAAACCAGAGACUAAUCCAGAGACUAAACCAGAGACUAAUCCAGAGACUAAUCCGAGGACUAAGACAGAACUAAACUAGGAUUAAACCAGGACUUUUUAGUUAGGUCUUAAACCAGUAAAUUUGGUGUGAUUUUGUCUCUAAAUCUGAACCAGUCACAAAUUGUUUUUAUUUCACCUAAUUUUUAUUUUUAAUUUAAGGUUGUAAAAAAAUUUUGGUUUAAUUUUGGUCAAUGAAAAAAAUAGUUAAAUCUUUUUCUUCUGAAUUAGAAGUUGUUUCAUGUUUUCACAAAUAUUUAUUUGGUGCAGAUUUCCACUGGUUUAGACACAUUUUUGUCUUUAAACUUCUGCAGGUGCCUUAAAUGCUUAAAGGGUCUUAUAAUGCUGUUUCCUCAUCACAAUCAUAUCUGGAAUUGUGUUCAUUCACACAGACAAACCCUGCAUAUUUAGGCUGAAUUCUCAGAAACACUUCUUGUGAUGUCAUGUGAUAAUACAGGAAGAGAUCCACUGUGUUUUUAAACUCCAUACAUCUUCACUAGAAUCAUUUGAUAAUUUCAGUCCCGAAAUUGCCAAUCUCCAUUGAACUAAAGGUAAAAGGAGCUGUUAACUUAAACUGCCACUACAUGACAUCACAAGGUGGAACAGAGCAUUUUGAGCUUUGGAGAUGUAGACAUACUAAUAAUAAAGGAUUACUCAUAUGUGUGAAUGAAACUAAACACAACUCCAGGUCUCUUUUUGAUGAGAUAACAACACUUUAACAUGACUUAAAGCUCACAAGAGUCUAUUUUGUGUAAUAUAGGACCUUGAAAUUUAAAUAAAAGUGAUUUGUUAAAUUUGAAUUUAAUCUUGUUUUCACAGUGAGACUCUAUCACCUGUAGAGACACUUUCACCUUUAAAACUUCAGAAAACUUAAAAAAAAAAAAAAAAAAAAGAAAGUCCUGUUCUGUCAUGUGUGUUGAACUGUUAAAAGUUCACUGUGUAACAUUUUUGGUGGAGGGGCUCUUCCUGCUCGUCUCCUUGGAGUGGUUGUUGCAUCGCCUGGAAUGUUCCACAUUAUGGCAUUAAAAAUAUCUCCAUGGGGAUAUGCAUGUGACACAACCAGGCAGAGUUACAGAUCAGAUCUGUGGUGAGCCUACUCACUGUAGCAGUUUUUCAAGGGAAUUUUGAGCAAUAAAAACCUCUUUAAUACAUGCAAGGUAGACACGUUUAAUGCCAUACUGUGGAACAUUUCAGGCAUAUCUUUAUGGAGAUGAGCAGAAGUGUUGCAUAGUGCACCAUUAAAUUUGCCUUAAAACAUCUGGUGUCUUUGUAAAUAUGAAACUGUCUGAACCACACUGCCCCCUGCUGCUGGCUCCUGUUUUUUUGUUUUGUUUUUUUCAUCUCCUUCUUUACCUCCUAACAUGUCUCCUAUCUUUGUUUCCUUAUCUCCUCUCUUCUCUCGUCGUCAACUCUCCUUGUCGUCCCACUCCACGUAUCCUCUUUCCUCUUCUCUUUCCUCGCCUCCUAACCAUGUCUAUCUCCUAGUCUCUUCUCUUCCCCUCACUCCUCAUCUCCUCUCCUUCCUCCUCCCUCCUCUUUCCUCACCUCUUUGGUCCACUUCAAAUUUUAUUUUAUUCUAAUUAGUUGUGAAUAUUCAGAAUCUGAACCACACUUUAUAUGUUUCACUUUUGUGUUUGUCAAACUGUUCUGGACCAAAUGUUUUUAGAGAAAGUAUUUUAAAUAUUAAUAUUAAUAAUAAUAAAGUGUAUGGCGUCUGAGCUCUGCCUCAGACGGGGCUUUUUCUUCUGAGUUUAACAAUAAACAACUAUAAAAACA